AUGCCUCCAUCCAACAAUCCAAACCAAAACCUCCCCCACCUAACAACAACCCUCGCCCACACAAUCCCCGAAGAAAUUACCUCCCUCCACCUGAUCUCCGACAGCAUCGCCCAACAACGGCAAACCGCAUCCCGCGCCAUCCUCUUCCACCCCCUAACCCUAACCUUACUCACCCUCACAAUCCUCCUCCUCUCACAACACCUCUACCAAACACCCCCGGACUGGCCCCUCCUCCUAACAACAAGCACAGGCAGCAUAGCCACCAUCCUCCUAUUCACACGGUACACCACAAGAGGCUACCUCGACGAAGCAGAACGCAUUGGAACAUGGAGAUGGCUAUACAGCAACAACCACCAGUCUAAUUCAAACCCACCACCCAGCCACCACCAAUAUCGCACUUCCAAAGACCCAGAAACUAGUGCCAGAGACAGGGAUCUAAUUCUCAUAUCCAAAUUCGGGGACAAGAUCAUAGGCACGCUGGUUCUAAGGGCUGUUGACACCCUUUCUGAACUGGAUGAGCAUGUAUCUAUCCCCGAGAGAACGAAGAUGGGUGUUCUUGAGGCUGGGACUACGGUUGGUGUUAUUCGCGCUUGGACUGGAGAGGGGGUGGCGGGGGCCGGUUUUUUCGGAGAGACAUGCGAAUUCGAGGGCGUUUGGGUUGGGAGUUGGGAGUGGGGGGAUGAGGGGGAGGGAUAG